GAAAAAAGGUGAACUUCUUCUUGAGUAUAUUAAAGAAUCUAAAGAUGGAAAUAUUGAAUGUAUUGAAUUAUGGGAUAUAGAUUUGGCAGAUUUACAUAGUGUAAAAAAUUUUGCUGAUAAGUUUAUUAAAGAGUAUUUAAUUGUAAAUGAAAAAUAG